GUCCAAUUAUGCGCAGGGUCUCCCCAUCCCCGGUGUUGUCUACUAUAGUAGGGUUGGGGUUUAGGUCUCUACAUUCUGCGUUUUCCCACGGCUUGCCUCGCUUCUUUCCUACAGGAUGGCCGCUCCAGACGACGAACCAGACUCCUAUCAAAGUGACCCCGAUACCCCUUCAUCGCAUGCGGACGAUGAUGACGACGAAUACAACGAGCAAGGCCUCGCUGCCCCUUCAGCAAAAUUCUACAAACUCUUCUUCGAAGAUCGGUACUUCCAUGGGCAGUAAAACGAAACAAACGAGUUUGUCUUUCGGCCUCGAGCCCGUCAGGAACAUGAGCACCAAGACGACCAAGUCUCCCGCUACCAAGCCCACCAAGGCCUCAUCUUCCAAGGCGGGCACGGGCAAGGCUGUGGAGGAAAUAUAUCAACGGAAGACGCAGCUCGAACAUAUCCUCCUCAGACCCGAUACCUAUAUCGGAUCUGCCGAGUCUGCCGAAGUGUCAAUGUGGGUUUUUGAGAACGAAGCCAUGGUAUAUCGAACGGUCCAUUUCGUGCCGGGCUUAUACAAGAUCUUCGACGAGAUCCUCGUCAAUGCAGCCGACAACAAGGUCAGAGAUCCAAGUAUGGACCAGAUCAACGUUACCAUCGACAGGGAAAACAACGAGAUCAGCAUCAUGAACAACGGGCGAGGCGUACCGGUCACUAUGCACGCCAAGGAGCAAUUAUAUGUUCCUGAGCUCAUAUUUGGCAACCUGCUGACAUCAUCAAACUACGAUGACGAUGAGAAGAAGGUUACGGGAGGUCGAAAUGGAUACGGCGCAAAACUUUGUAACAUCUUCAGCACCCAGUUCAUAGUCGAGACCUCAGAUAGUGAGUCCGGGAAGAAGUUUCAUCAGAUUUUCAAAGACAAUAUGAGCAACAAAUCCAAGCCAAAGAUUACGGCUGCCGCAAAGCAUGACUACACCAAGAUCACUUUCAAACCCGACCUGAAGAAGUUCGGUCUAAAGGAACUGGAUGACGACAUCAUAGCCGUGUUAACGAAACGGGUCUACGAUAUCGCGGGGGUUCUUCCUGGCGUGAAAGUUACUCUGAACAAGGAACGCAUAAAGAUCAAGAAUUUCAAGGAGUAUGUUAAACUCUAUCUGGACAGCGUCUUCGGAGAUGCCCCUGCGAAGCCUACCAUCGUUUAUGAGAAAGCCGACCCUCGGUGGGAAGUUGCCUUUGCCGUGAGUGAUGGGCAGUUUCAGCAGGUCAGCUUCGUCAACAGCAUCUGCACGUCGAAGGGCGGAACGCAUGUGUCCAUGAUUGCGGAUCAACUGGUGCAAAAGCUGAACGAACAUCUGAAGAAGAAGAACAAAGGCGAGGGUUUCAAACCACAACAGAUCAAGAGCCAUAUCUGGGUCUUCGUCAACUGCCUCGUCGAAAAUCCCAGCUUCGAUUCCCAAACAAAAGAGAAUCUCACCCUGAAAGCCUCCAAGUUCGGAUCAAAGUGCGAACUCAGCGAAGAGUUCAUGAAGAAAGUCCUCAAGUCGGGGAUCGUGGAUAACGUCUUGGCAUAUGCCAAGCUGAAACAAGCGAGUCAGCUGAAGCAGACGGACGGAACGAAGCGGGCUCGGUUAUCGGGUAUUGCCAAGUUGGACGACGCCAACAACGCGGGAACGAAGAACGGGCAGAAAUGCACAUUGAUUCUGACGGAGGGAGAUUCUGCCAAGGCGCUUGCUAUCAGCGGGCUGGGCGUAGUCGGGCGAGACAACUAUGGUGUUUUCCCGCUACGGGGCAAACUGUUGAAUGUUCGCGAAGCAUCGCAUAGUCAACUUAUGCAGAAUGCUGAGAUCAAUAACAUCAAGCAGAUUUUGGGGCUGAAGUCUGAUAAGACCUAUACGUCGACGGAGAGUUUGCGUUAUGGGCAUGUUAUGAUCAUGGCUGAUCAGGACCACGAUGGAUCUCACAUCAAAGGAUUGGUCCUCAAUCUGUUCGACCAGUUCUGGCCCAGUCUCUUGAAGAACCCCGGCUUCAUGCGUCAAUUCAUCACCCCAAUCGUUAAGGUGACAAAAGGCUCAAAAGAAAUCAGCUUCUUCAACAUCCCUGAAUACGAAAGCUGGAAACAGGCCAACCACGACGGCCGCGGUUGGCAUAUCAAGUACUACAAGGGUCUGGGAACGAGCACCGCGGCGGACGCGAAGAAGUACUUUGGACGCAUGAACGACCACAUGAAGCCGUUUGCAACCGCCAAAGACGAAGACCGGCAGUUGCUCGAGUUGGCGUUUUCAAAGAAGAAGGCGGAUGAUCGGAAGGAGUGGUUGAGUAACUUGACCCCCGGCACGUUCAUGGACCAUAGCGUGCGGCAGAUCCCUAUCAGCGAUUUCGUCAACAAGGAGUUGAUUCUUUUUUCUAUGGCGGAUAAUGUGCGGUCGAUACCGUCGCUUAUUGACGGGUUCAAGCCUGGGCAGCGGAAGAUUAUGUUUGCCUGCUUCAAGCGGAACCUGACCAAGGGAGAGAUCAAGGUCGCCCAAUUGUCCGGCUACGUCGCCGAGCAUUCGGCGUACCAUCACGGCGAAGCCUCGCUUCAGUCGACCAUCAUCGGUCUCGCCCAAGACUUCGUGGGAAGCAACAACCUCAACCUCCUCGAGCCUCGCGGUCAGUUCGGAACGCGGCUACAGGGUGGGAAAGACCACGCGCACGCCCGUUACAUUUUCACCAAACUCUCCGAUGUGACCCGCCUCCUCUACCACCCUGCCGACGACAAGCUGCUCACCUACCUCAACGAGGAGAACAUUAGUAUCGAGCCGGAGUGGUACAUCCCCAUCCUUCCCCUCGUCCUCGUCAACGGCGCAGACGGGAUCGGUACGGGGUGGAGCACCAACAUCCCCAACCACAAUCCGCGGGACAUUGUGGAGAACCUGCUGAGACGGCUGGAUGGGAAGGAAUUUGUGCCCAUGCAUACGUGGUACCGCGGGUUCAAAGGCGGAGUCGAGUUUAUUGGCGACAAGUACAAGAUCUCGGGGGUUUUGAAUAAACUUGACGAUACGACCGUGGAGAUUACCGAGCUGCCGCUUGGGUCGUGGACACAGACCUACAAAGAGUUUCUGGAGGGGCUUGUGGCGGGCACGGACAAGGUUCCCGCUUCCAUCAAGGACUACAAGGAGUACCACACCGACACGUCCGUGCAUUUCGUGGUGCAGAUGACACCGGAGCAGAUGGCAAAAGCGGAGCAGGAGGGCCUCGAGAAGAAGUUCAAGAUGGCCACGACCAAAUCGGUCAUGAACAUGGUUUUGUUUGAUAAGGAUGGGAGGUUGAGGAAGUAUGAGAGUGUGCAGGAGAUCUUGGAGGAGUUUUACGAGCUACGGUUGGAGUAUUAUGAGAAGCGGAAGGCGUACCUGACAGCGAAACUAAAAAGCGAGCUAAACAAGCUCUCUAACCAAGUCCGUUUCGUCCUGGAAGUCAUCCAAGGCGACCUGAUUGUGCACAACCGCAAAAAGGCGAAUGUCGUGCAGCAGCUCCGGGCAAGGAAGUACUCGCCGUUGGGGAAGGAUGGGGAGGAGAUGAAGGUUGGGGAUGAGAGUACUGAGAGUGGCGGGGAGGCGGAGGAGGGCGGGGCGGCUGCGGCGGGUGGGCAUGGGUAUGAUUAUUUGCUGAGCAUGCCGAUUUGGAAUUUGACGAUGGAGAAGGUCCAAAGAAUGACGUCAGACCGCGAUGAAAAGCAAGCCGAGCUCAACACCCUCCUCGACACCAAAAUUCAAGACCUAUGGCGCCGCGACCUGGACGCGUUCAUGGUCGAAUGGGAC